AUGCGUUUCUCUAUCAUCUUCACUACCCUCUCGGCCAUCGCCCUGGCCAACGCCCAGAGCAGUGUCACCGUCGAGACUGUCGAUAACCCUGCUACUCAGUACCUGACCGAGACAAACUCCCUCGGUGUUGUGACUGGCCAACCUGCAGCCGUCACUACCCAGCCUUCUGUUGUCACCAGCCAAGCUGCUGCCGUGACUUCUCAGCAGCCCGCCGCUUCCAUUCCCGCCGGCCUGACCUCGCCCGUUGCCGGCCCCGGCGCGACUCACACUACUUUGUCCACUGCCUCCAGCCACACUGGCACUAGCACCGGCUCCUCUGCUACUGGCACCGAGACCUCAGACUCCUCUAGCAGCACUGGCACUGGCUCCUCCAGCACCAGCUCUUCUUCUGACUCCUCCAACUCCUCGUCCGGCUCCAGCGCCAGCUCGUCUACUUCUGCUUCUAGCUCUACCUCUACCGGUGCUGCUGCUAUUGCCACUGCUGGCCCCGUCGGUCUCGGCAUGGUUGCCGGUGCUGCUCUUGUUGCUUUCCUGUAA